CUUAUAAUGUGAUGAGUGGGAAACAUAAUGCAGGAGUUAGAAUAUUGUUAGCAUACCAUCCACAAGUUUCCAGACAUUCUUCAUCUUCAUAGAUAAACUUGCAACCAUAUUUUCUCUCUCUGCGCAACCAUGGAGGGCGUGUCUUCAGCAGCCAUUGAAGUUCUUGUCCAAAACCUCAUCAACCUUUUCAAGGAUGAGUACUCUCUGCUUCGAGGUCUCGAUGAAGAUGCCCAACGGCUGCAGAGGACUUUGGGGACGAUUCAAGCCUACUUGACUGACGCUGAGAAAAAAUCCAUCACACAAGAUUCUGUCAGGAUUUGGUUGAGGGAGCUUGAAGCCGUGGCUUUCGAUGCUGACAAUGUCUUGGAUGAACUCAGCUAUCAUCUUCUCCACAAAAAAGUUCACAAGAUGAAAUCAUCCAAGGAUAAGGUACUAUCAUGCUUCUCAUCCUUUAAUGGCAUUUUGCGUCGGCGUAAUAUGGCUCACACAAUCAAACAAAUCAAUGCUACUUUUGAGUGUAUGAACAAAAGGGCAACAGAUCUUGGCCUUCAAAGCAUGAUUGUGAACGCACCUGCUAUUGCUCAUACUUCCAUUGAGACGGAUUCGAUCAGUCUAGAUCCAAUCUUUAUUGGAAGAAACGAUGAUGUGUCUAAACUGGUUGACAUGCUCACCCAGAUCCCCGAAGAUCGGAUCUUUUCCAUGGUUGCUCUUGUGGGAAUGGGGGGUAUAGGGAAGACUACGUUGACUAGGAAAGUCUUUAAUCAUGAAAGCAUAAAGGCUCGAUUUGGAUCACUUAUUUGGGUUCAUGUUUCUCAAACAUUUGAUCCAUUUAGUCUUUUCAAAAAAAUCCUUUCGGAAUUGACUUCAGAUGUUGAUGGAGUUGAGAGCAGGGAACUAAUCCUGAAAAGGCUUCAUGAAGUUCUCAAGUCUAAAACUUAUCUUCUUGUUCUUGAUGAUAUCUGGAAUGAAGAUGUUGCAAUGUGGGAAGACUUUAUAAAUUCCAUGUCUGGAGUUACUUCCACUACGGGAAAUGGAAUUUUGAUCACCACCAGAAGUGAAAAAGUUGCUUCUACUGUUAAUCCAUUUCAUAUUCAUCAUUUGAAUGGCUUAUCAAAUGAAGACUGUUGGUCCAUAAUCAAGGCCAAAACUUUUGAUAUAAAUGGUGAAGUUCCAUAUGGAUUUGAGAUGAUUGGAAGAAAGAUUGCAACAAGAUGCCAAGGUUUGCCCUUAGCUGCCAAUGUAGUUGGGGGAGUGCUUCGCGGUAAGUCUGAAGAAGAGUGGCGCUUCAUCAAUGAAAAUUGGCUUUCAGAUGGUGAAGGAGGUGAAAAUAUCUCAAAAAUAUUGAAAUUGAGCUUUGAUCACCUCUCUUCACCAUCGCUCAAAAAGUGCUUCACGUUUUGUUCGGUUUUCCCCAAAGGUAAGUAUUUCGAUAAGGAGGAGUUGAUUGAACUAUGGAUGGCAGAAGGGUUUCUUCAACCAAGCCCAAGAUAUGACAUGGAGUCUGUGGGCAACAUGUUUUUUAAUGUACUUGCACAAAACUAUCUGUUGGAAGUUCAAUGGAUUGAUAAUGUUUGGUUUUGUGGGAUGCAUGAUCUUGUGCAUGAUCUUGCAUCUUAUCUUUUAUCCAAUAAUGCAGAUGGCAGUACCCCUGUGCGAUAUAUGGUUCUGAAAAAAGAAUCAAGUCCCAUACCAAAAAAUGUGGCCAAGCAUUUGCGUACAUUAUUCAUGAAAAGUGGAAUUCCUGGCACUAUAUUCUCAAACUUUGAAUGUCUGCAUAAUCUGACUCUUUCCGGUGAUUAUAAAGAGUUGCCCAAUUCAAUUAGGGAGUUGGUACAUUUGAGAAAUCUGAAUAUUUAUGAAACGAGAAUUGUAAACUUGCCGAAAUGGAUUGGUAAACUCCAUCAUUUGCAAACAUUAAGAGCAAGCUGGGAGUUAGAGAAUCUGCCAAGUACGUUGAAGUAUAUGUAUAGCUUAAGGCAUCUUUAUAUCUGGUCUCUUACAAAGUUGCCAGCGAAGAUCGGGGGACUAACUAGUCUCCAAACACUACCUUACUUCACAGUAGGCAAAAAGAAGGGUUAUCAAAUUGAAGAGCUUGGAAGUUUAAUGAAUCUCAAAGGAUCACUAAAGAUUCAAGAUCUGGAGAUGGUGCAUGAUAAGGAAGAGGCUCUGAAAGCAGAUAUAUUUCAUAAACUGAACUUAUUUGAUUUGGCGUUUACAUGGAGUGAUGAUAGAGAAGAUGAAAGAAAUGAUGCGAGUGUAUUGGAAGGCCUCCAACCUCAUGCCAAUCUAAAGAAGUUGAAGAUUUCAGGAUUCAAAGGAAACAAAUUUCCAACAUGGGCUGAGAAGAUGGCAGUACGUGAUGGGCUUCAAAGCUCUUGGGUUCCACUUGAGAACUUGAUUGAAAUAACAUUCUCCAAUUGCUCAGAAAUUGAUGAAAUCCCAAAGCUGCAACACUUGCCUAAUCUCAAGUCUCUUUCUUUGAAAGAAUUGAAGAAGGUGAAGUUCAUAAAUACUUCAUUCAAUCAUUUAACGUCACUCGACAUAGACAAAUUAGAUGCAUUGGAAUGUUUGCCAGAAUGGUUAUUCUAUAAGAAUCAGAACCUAUCAUAUUUGGACAUAUCACGAUGUCCUUUGUUGAGAGAAUUACCAGAUGGCUUGGACACCCUCAAUUCUCUGGAGUAUUUGUGUAUUUGGGAUUGUGAAAAUCUGAAGUCGAUUUGGAAUCCAAGUGGUGGAGCAAGACAAUCACAGGGGAUCCUCUGUGAGCUGAAGAUUGCAAGGUGCGGAGAGCUGAUGGAAUUGCCGUGUGAAAUGCUAGAGUCGUGGGCCCCUACAAUUGAGCAUCUUGUACUGAAUGAAUUAAGGAGCCUAAAGAAUCUACCAAUGCUAAUUGACUGCCUCGCUAAAUCAUCUACUCGUCUCACAUAUUUGAGUAUUUUAGGUGUUCCUAAAUUGAUGGCUGCUAGUAUUGGUAGUGUUGAGAGUUGGGAUCUUAGCAGCUUGCAAUCAUUAUGGAUAGAUGUGAGUGUGGAAUGGUCAAGAGAGGAUAGUGUUGGCAUUGCAGAGACUGUGGAUGGGAUGCUGCAAACAUGCUGCAACUCACUUACUAUCUUAUAUUUGAAGGGGGUGGAAAAUUGGGAGUGGCUGCCCCAAUCAAUUCAAUAUCUCACCUCUGUUUCUGUAUUAAGGUUGGAGAAUAUAGGAGUAGAAGAAUUGCCCCAAUGGUUGGGGAACCUCUCAUCUCUAAGAGAGUUAUAUCUAAAUAGUUGCAACAAGUUGAAGCGCCUUCCCUUUGUAGAUGCAUUGAAGCACCUCAUGGUUAAUGAUUGCCCAGAACUACGUAUUGAUUAGGAGUGGCGCAACCACCAUCGCCAUCUGAGAAUCAAGGUCGAUGGCCAACUCAUAUGAAUGUUGUAGCAAGUAUUGUUGUGUGAUGAUUGAAGGAAGAACACAUGCGUGGAGUACAAUGUUUCGUAUGUGUAUCACGCAAUGUUCACCUAAUUUGACAGAGACAGACAAUGUUGCUCUCAAAGGACUGGCCAAAACAGACGAGGCCGAAAAGUGAAGCUGCAUGCAGUCGAUUGUGAUGCCGCUUUCAGAGUUUGAUCAUGCGAAGAAAGGAGAUGCAUUAUAUGGCAAUGCUUCUUUCCUGAUUAUGACGCAAUAUUUUGAGUCUAAUGUGAGGAUAUUAUAGGCGGAGGGGUAAAAUUGGGAAUUGUUGGCAGCCUCUGUAUUUGGAUGUAUUCACAUACUAAUAUCCUGUUUUAUGGCAUGCUUUCAUGAUUUCAAUUAAAGGUUUUCAGUGUGGAAGUAAUGCUUGUAUAUCGUAAAAUAUAACAACAUUGUGCUUUCUUUUACUCGUCUCUGUAAUGAAGGGCAGG